CACUAGUCCUCAACAUAUGCAGGUAGGGGUAGGCCCAGAUAAUUAAAAGAAAAAAAGGUAGCCUAAGUUAGGUACUUACCCGGACUGCUGCUUGCUUUGUUGUCAUGCUGCCUCGUUGUUACCAUCUGCUAUCUCACCUGCCCCAGGUGUGUCAUGAUUGUUUCAACUUCGGGCGUUAUACCUAAAGCACCUAGGAGGUACCUAAGUUACCUUUUAAUUGUGCCUCGGGUUGUUCUGUCCGACAAAACACCAGACGCUUUAAAGUUCUCUUACCAGGACUUACCGAGUGAUCGGCUCAUCCAACUUUCCUUCCUUUUUCCCCCUUCUUAUUUUAACCCCGUCAUCUACGUAGUAUUUACGGCAUACCUGUGGCGUUUCUGUUUAAAUUUCUUGGCGUCUCACUCUCUUUUCUAUUGCUAUUGGCUGCUUAUCUUCUUUAGCUUAAUCCAAUUAGGAAUAACUUACACGAGCUUCGUUGCUAUAUUCCAUUAUACACCACUUAUCGUUUAGCGUUACUGUGUUGACAAACGUUACUGAGACUAGAAUCUUGACUUACGUUUUCCCAUUACUAUAUAGCUGAUUACACUGCUGGUUCUAUAUUAAGAUAGAAUCUAACACCUCAUCAAAAAAGAGAAGUCCGCACACGACUAAGAGCCAAGGCAAUGGCAUCGUCAAACUCGUUCGGAGAGAUGGGCCUCUCUAUCAUCGGCUUGGGGGCACAAUACCCUCCAUAUUCUCUUAAGUCAGACGAGGUUAACAAAAUCGCAACUAAAUACUAUCCUGAUUCUCCUGCCAUGCAAAAAGUGCUUUCAAUAAAUAAAUACACGGGUAUCGACACGCGCUCAUCUAUUGGUACCUCGGAUCACCCUUCAGUGAACAAACCGGAAGCGCCAUCGAUAGCAGAACUUCACAGAAUUUUCAUGUCAGAUGGUGUUCCACUUGCGAUUGAGGCGUCUAGAAAAGCAAUUCUAGAAGCUGGAGUCGAUCUGUCCCAGAUUACUCAUAUAGUCUCUACAACGUGCACUGAUAGUGCUAACCCCGGAUUUGACCAUUUUGUAGCCAAGGGUUUGGGCAUUACGCACCAGGUAGAGAAGGUUUUGCUACACGGAGUUGGUUGUGCAGGUGGGUUAGCAGUACUACGCACUGCUGCCAACUUGGCUUUGGGCCACGCGAUGAGGCGGAAGCCUGCCAGGAUUCUAUGCGUUGCUCUUGAAGUGAGUACCACAAUGGUUCGCAGCGAGCUGAACAGCAUUGAAGAGCUCCAAGAAACGCGUAUUGGAGCUUGCUUAUUUUCGGAUUGUGCGUCCGCCUUGGUCCUCAGUAACGGAAUCGGACAGCUAGCAGCCGAACCAAUCUACAAGUUACUAGGGUGGGAACACAAAAUCAUUCCCGGGACGGAAGGUGAUCUUGGCUUCGACGUAGACCCGGUUGGUUGGAAGGUUGUGCUCUCACCUCGAGUUCCGAAGCUAGCAACCGAGAUACUACGCCCUAGUUUUGCCGAUUUGUUGGAAAAUAUUUCUGGUCUCCCUGCUGAAUGCAAAGAGGCAUCGGAUUUUGAUUGGGCCAUGCAUCCAGGUGGCCUCACAAUUUUAACGGGCGCCGAAACAGCGAUGGGUAUCUCUCCAGAGCAUAUGCGCGCGAGUUAUGACCGAUACAUGAACCACGGAAACUCGAGCUCAGCAACUAUUUUCAGCGUGAUGGACCGCCUAAGGAGUAAGGACAUGGAUGCACUGGCCCCCGGUGGCCGGGUUCGGGAGUACGUGGUAGGGUGCGCCUUCGGUCCGGGAAUAGCCAUUGAGAUGUGCAUGCUUAAGCGCAAUAUGAGAUAUCGCGGAACUGAUAUCGGACCCGAGACAGACAGUGAGGCUAGUAGAAGCGAGGCCGACGAGGAAGCUGACUGGGUAAGCAUUGAGUCCCGGGAGUCAAUUCCCGGCACACCUGGUUCCGCGAAUAUCCAAGCCGAACCAAAGCCUACGCUUGGGGAAGAUAUGUUCGUGAGAGAAGCAAUUGCCAGCGUCGAAUUGGAUUGAAGACAUUAAGCCGCGGGGUUGCAUGUGCCAUUACUUAUACCCAUGCCAUAUUUGAUGUACGCCCAAGACGCCACUUUUACCACUUGAAAAAGUUGCUUACGGGCUACGUCCUAUGAAGUGAUUCACUAUAGAAAGCGGAAGCAGAUGAUCUGAAAUACCUCUGAUGGAUUUAAUCUUAGAAAGAAUAUUAUCACGUAUAUAUGUAAUAAGUAAAUACGAUGGAAGUGUAAACAAUUCUAAAAAUGAAUGCUUUGAGAGAGAUAUAUAUAAUUGGUCUGGGCCAGCAAAUAAGUGAAAUACAAAU